AUGGAAUUUGAAAGUCGGUAAUUCAUUUCUUAGAGUGAAUUCAAUCGUAGUGAAAAGUUGACAUUGACAACAAUACAACAAUAUGUUUCUAUUAUUGUAUUAUUGUUGGCACUUGGAGAUGCUGUAAUGUUGUUUGUUAUCAAUGGAUUUGUGUUAAAUUACAUUAGUCUUAGUUAUGCUAUCAUAAAUGUGCUGAUAGUAUUGAUAUGCAUAGGGACUCUUGUUUGGAAUCACUAACAAUAAAACUAUCUUAGAACAACCGAAGACGAAUGGGGAGAAUUGACAGAUAACUUUAACGGGAGGUAAUACAAUUAUAUAUGAAGAUUAUUAUUCUUUUUGACUAUUCUUAUGGCAAUAGCAGAGUUCGUUUUUUUUAUCUUAAUAAUAUUAUCGAGUGAAUAUGUAAAAGGGUUGUACUAAUCUGAGAAGAUAGGAAACGAUUAUUAGAAAUUUGAUAAAGUUGUAUCAGUUAUGAAACCAAUUAUAUUGAUUUUUUCAAUUUUAAUUGUAGUUGGAUUAACAUAUACAAUUCAUAACUUUUAUCAAAUGACAAUAUCUUCAAUAACUAGUCGAUUCAACAUAUACCUUCUCUGUAUUGCUGUAUCUUUGACUUGUUGGGGAUCAGUUUAUUUAUUAAAAGGAAUGGGUAUCUAUUCAAUAAGUGCAAUUUUAAAUUUAAUAAUUUUGGCAUUAAUUUUAUUAGCAAUUAUUUCAAACACUUGGAAAAUAAAAGGAUUAUUAAUGAUAUUGGCAGCUCUUUAAAUUCUAAUUAUACCAGUUCUAUUAGGAUUUUAAGCUCAAUAUAUUAGAGACUAUUAAGAUUAAUAGGAAAGUAAUAUUGCAAAUUGUUAAUAAAAAAUGAAUAAUUUAUCAGAAUCUUAUUUAUCUUAGCAUUCUUGUGCCUCUAAAUAUAUAAAAGAUAUUUAAACAUCAAAUUGUCCAGAUGGAUAGAGGGAAUGUUCAAUAUAUUCAACUUAAUGUGAUAGAGAAGCUUAAGUAUAGAGAUGGGAAGUUGAAACUCCAGAUCCAGCAGAUCAUCCAUUAGGAUGUUUGAAUUUAAAUUGUUGUAAAACAGUAAGUAAUAUUUUCACAAAAGAUUUGUUAAUUUUAAUAAUGUUAUCAUUAGCAACUCCAUUAUUUUUAUUUGCAUUGAUUUUAUUUGAAUUUCAUCUUUCAAGAAGAACAAGAUCAGAUAAAACUCUAGGUAGAAAUAUAGAGACACUAUUUCUAUUAUUAUUUAUUGGUACAAUUGUUUUUGGAGUUCUUCUGUUAGUAAAUAAUUAUACCCCUAUUCCAUUAAAAAAAGAAGUUAAUUUUGAUUAAUAAGGAAAAGCUGUUAAAGCAAAAGAAUUUACAAAGAUUUAAACAAGAAUGUGUCAAUCAAUAACAUAAUUAGUUGGUAGUAGAAUAGAAUUGACUAGUGAAUGUAAAUCAACUACAAACUGUCCUUUAAAUAAAGUAGAAACAGGAAAAAAAGAGACAAGUAUUAUAAUAAAAUAAUAAUUUAGAUAUCUUAUUUGGAUUAUGGGUAAAAGGAGUUUAAUAAUUUAAGAGAAAAGAAGCAACAACAUAUUAAACAUUGGCAGCUGCUAAGUUUUUAUGGCCAGAUUAUGUAGGAAAUGAAUAAGAUUUUUUUGCAAUAAUUGGUAAAUAGGAAUAUGUGUAAUAGUAUUUGGAUGAUGUAUAGGUAUGUUAUUAAGUAGGUUCAAAAGAAUUAAUAAUAAAUUUAUAUUAAAAUAUAGUGGAUAUACCAAUAAAUGAAAAGAAUAGCAAAGUAUAUCAUUAUUCAAUGUUUUCUCAUUUUUCAGAUACUCCACCAAAAACAACAGAACCAGCUAAAACAACAGAACCAGCUAAAACAACACAACCAGCGAAAACAACAGAACCAGCAAAAACAACUGAACCAGCGAAAACAACAGAACCAGCAAAGACUGGAACAAGCUCAAGUAGUUCAUCUGAUAAAGGUGGUAAUGAUUAAGCAACAAAAGGAUAAGGAAGUGCUGCAACUUAACCUUAAUGUGAUAUACCUAAUUGUUAAGAAUGUAAAGAAGAGAAAUGUGUAACAUGUAAAACAGGAUUUGAUAAAGAUGAUGAAAGAGGUUGUAGAUUUAAUGGGAAAUUAGGUGUUAGUGAAUAAAUAUAAGUAUAAUUAUUUAAGGAAAUGAAAUCAAAAGUAAGUGGAUUUGUUGUUGGUGAAAUAAAAAAAGGAGAUGAUAAAAUAUAUACUUAAUAUCCAUUAUAAGAGGCCAAAAUAUGUUGGAGUCAAGAAGGAUUAGAUAAACCAAUUUGUGAUGUAUCAACACCAAAAGGUGAAUAUAAAUUAUAGAUAUCAACAUUUGAUGUUGCUGAUUAUAGUACUUAACUAUUUUAACCAACAACUGGAUUAAUAACAGUUGCUGCAAUAGGUUAUGAUGAUUAUGUUUAAUCAUAAGUUGUAUAAUUCGAAAAUGAGAUUAAUUUUGGAACUAUAUUAUUAAGAUCAAAUGUAACAAUACCAAAUGUUUAAUCUACAACACCUCCAAAAACUUAUUUCCAUAAAGUUGAAACAUCUACAACAAAACCAUCAACUACUACUACUACUACUAGUGAACCUAAAACUACUACUACUCCAAGUACUUCCACUAAUCCUACUACUUCAACUUCUAAAGAAUAACCUAAAGCUGGUGGUACUACUACUACUAAUAAUCCUUCUAAUAAUCCUUCUAAUAAUCCNUAAAUCAACUACAAACUGUCCUUUAAAUAAAGUAGAAACAGGAAAAAAAGAGACAAGUAUUAUAAUAAAAUAAUAAUUUAGAUAUCUUAUUUGGAUUAUGGGUAAAAGGAGUUUAAUAAUUUAAGAGAAAAGAAGCAACAACAUAUUAAACAUUGGCAGCUGCUAAGUUUUUAUGGCCAGAUUAUGUAGGAAAUGAAUAAGAUUUUUUUGCAAUAAUUGGUAAAUAGGAAUAUGUGUAAUAGUAUUUGGAUGAUGUAUAGGUAUGUUAUUAAGUAGGUUCAAAAGAAUUAAUAAUAAAUUUAUAUUAAAAUAUAGUGGAUAUACCAAUAAAUGAAAAGAAUAGCAAAGUAUAUCAUUAUUCAAUGUUUUCUCAUUUUUCAGAUACUCCACCAAAAACAACAGAACCAGCUAAAACAACAGAACCAGCUAAAACAACACAACCAGCGAAAACAACAGAACCAGCAAAAACAACUGAACCAGCGAAAACAACAGAACCAGCAAAGACUGGAACAAGCUCAAGUAGUUCAUCUGAUAAAGGUGGUAAUGAUUAAGCAACAAAAGGAUAAGGAAGUGCUGCAACUUAACCUUAAUGUGAUAUACCUAAUUGUUAAGAAUGUAAAGAAGAGAAAUGUGUAACAUGUAAAACAGGAUUUGAUAAAGAUGAUGAAAGAGGUUGUAGAUUUAAUGGGAAAUUAGGUGUUAGUGAAUAAAUAUAAGUAUAAUUAUUUAAGGAAAUGAAAUCAAAAGUAAGUGGAUUUGUUGUUGGUGAAAUAAAAAAAGGAGAUGAUAAAAUAUAUACUUAAUAUCCAUUAUAAGAGGCCAAAAUAUGUUGGAGUCAAGAAGGAUUAGAUAAACCAAUUUGUGAUGUAUCAACACCAAAAGGUGAAUAUAAAUUAUAGAUAUCAACAUUUGAUGUUGCUGAUUAUAGUACUUAACUAUUUUAACCAACAACUGGAUUAAUAACAGUUGCUGCAAUAGGUUAUGAUGAUUAUGUUUAAUCAUAAGUUGUAUAAUUCGAAAAUGAGAUUAAUUUUGGAACUAUAUUAUUAAGAUCAAAUGUAACAAUACCAAAUGUUUAAUCUACAACACCUCCAAAAACUUAUUUCCAUAAAGUUGAAACAUCUACAACAAAACCAUCAACUACUACUACUACUACUAGUGAACCUAAAACUACUACUACUCCAAGUACUUCCACUAAUCCUACUACUUCAACUUCUAAAGAAUAACCUAAAGCUGGUGGUACUACUACUACUAAUAAUCCUUCUAAUAAUCCUUCUAAUAAUCCUACUAAUAAUCCUACUAAUAAUCCUACUAAUAAAGAAUAACCUAAAAAUUAAGGUGAAUGUAAAACUGGAGAAUAUUUGGAUGCGAGAAAAAAAUGUUAACCGAAUGGAUGCACAAAUGUUCCAUUUUGUAAAUUUUGCGAUAAAAAUAAUAAAUGUAUUAGUUGUUAAUCAGAAUAUCAAUUAUAAGCUGAUAAAUCUUGUCAACCAGAAAAUGGAUGUUCUAAACCUUAUUCUCAAAAUUAAUGUUUGAAAUGUUCAAAAGAUAAAGAAAAAUGUGAUCAAGAUUUUUGUGAUGCCUUUUCUACUUUUGAUAAUGGUUAAUGUAAAUUAGCAUAUAAAUUAUGCACUACCAAAAUUCCAAAUUGUGUUAUUUGUACUAAAGAAAAUAAAUGUGCUGUAUGUGAGUAAGGAUAUAAAGCUUAAAAUGGAGAAUGUAAAUUAGGAGAUUUCUCUUCAAUAUUCUAAAUCAAUUAUUAUUAAACUGAUGUUUAUGUUGUUGAUGUUAUGAAUUGGAAUCAUUUAGAAUCAGCAAAAGUUGAUUUAAGGGUAGGUAGUUGUGGAUCAUUUUAAGUUUAUGGAUCUGCUAAAACUGAUUCUAAUGGAAAAGUUACAUUUACUCGUUUAGUUUAGGGAUCACAAUAUAAUUUAAUUGUUACUCAUCCAGAUUAUUCAUAAAAUUGUUAUGAAUUUUAAGAUAAUGAAGUUACUAUUGUGCCAUUAUCAAAGAAAUUAAAAUCUGGAUAAAUUAGAAUAGUAUUAGAAUGGUAUAAUUCUGAUAUUAAUUUGGAUCUCUAAUUAUCUUUUAACCCAACAGAUAAGUCAAAUUGUUUAGUAGGUUAUUUAGAUAAUGAAUGUACUGGAGCUAAAUUUGGAAAAUCUUCUGAGGAUGAAUAUAGUUUUUAAGCUAUAGAAAUUGAUGCUUUAAUUCUUACUAAAUAUUUGAUAUUUGUACAAAAUUUUGGUGAUGAAGAAAAUUAUUAAGAGAAAUUGAUAUCAUCUAAUGCUCAUAUUAAAUAUUAUGUAGCUGAUAAAGAUGAUCCAGCAGUUACAUUUGUUGUACCAAAUGAUAAAUAAUCAGAAAUAGUGGGAACUACUGAAGCCUUAAAAACUGAAUGGUUAGCUUGGUUAGUAGGAUGUAUUGAUUCAAAUGAAUCUGAAAUUCCUGAAUCCUUAUUUUCUUAAAAUGGUGUUUGGUAAUAAAAUAAUUUAAUUAAAAAAUAGGUGGACAGCUAGUUUAAAUAAGUGGUAUCCUGAAAUUCCAUAAAAAACUUCUCAAAACUAUUUCCCAUCACCGAAAAUUUGUGACGUUUGA